UUACAUCUGCCCAUAUGCAGCGAAAUUACAGAGUCAAACUUAAUUCUACAAGGGAUCAGCGGACAGUUCAAGUCAGGCGAAAUAACGGCAAUACUUGGUCCUUCCGGUGCCGGGAAAUCGACACUCCUUAAUAUCCUUGCGGGUUACAAAUGCACGAACGUAAGUGGCUCUAUAAGUAUCAAUAGACAACCACGAGAUGUUCGGGAAUUCAGGAAGAUGUCGUGUUAUAUCAUGCAAGAGAAUUUUGUGCAACCGAAACUCACAGUCCUAGAAGCGUUGACAUUCGCUGCCGACUUGAAACUUGGCAAAAGAAAAUCCCGAUUUGAGAAAAGCGCUGUUGUGAGUACAGUAUGAAGAUUAUGCUCUAAA